AUGGCCACGCUGCUCCUGGGCGCCGUGCUGCUGGUGGUUCAGCCCGCGGCCCCGAACGGCUCGCUCCGGCAGCUGCCGCAGACCAUCAUCAUCGGGGUGCGCAAGGGAGGCACGCGGGCGCUGCUGGAGAUGCUCAGCCUGCACCCCGACGUGGCGGCGGCCGAGAACGAGGUGCACUUCUUCGACUGGGAGGAGCACUACAGCCACGGCCUGGGCUGGUACCUCAGCCAGAUGCCCCUGUCGGCGCCCCACCAGCUCACGGUGGAGAAGACCCCCGCCUACUUCACGUCGCCCCAAGUGCCUGCGCGAGUCCACAGCAUGAACCCAGCCAUCCGCCUGCUGCUCAUCCUGCGAGACCCGUCCGAGCGCGUGCUGUCCGACUACACCCAAGUGUUCUACAACCACGUGCAGAAGCGCAAGCCCUACCCGGCCGUCGAGGAGGUGCUGGUGCGCGACGGCCGCCUGAACGUGGACUACAAGGCACUCAACCGCAGCCUCUACCACGAGCACAUGCAGAACUGGCUGCGCUUCUUCCCGCUGCGCCACAUCCACAUCGUGGACGGCGACCAGCUCAUCAGGGACCCCUUCCCGGAGAUCCAGAAGGUCGAGAGGUUCCUGAAGCUGGCGCCGCAGAUUCACCCCUCCAACUUCUACUUCAACAAAACCAAGGGCUUUUACUGCCUGCGGGACAGCGGCCGGGACCGCUGCCUGCACGAGUCCAAAGGCCGGGCCCACCCUCACGUCGACCCCAAACUCCUCAAUAAACUGCAUGACUAUUUCCACGAGCCUAAUAAGAAAUUCUUCGAGCUGGUCGGCAGAACAUUUGACUGGCACUGA